AGGAAACAGGCAAACAUGGAUGAAAAUCAGGAGAGUGGCAACCCUUCAUUAGUAGAUGGCCAGAAGGUGUCAGACGACAGCACCACAGUGUCGUCUGCCAUUCUCAACGGCGCUAAUAGUUCUCUUGUAACCGCGGCGACGGCAGAGGAGCUGCACCACCCCACAAUGGACGACGUCAUAGAAUCAUCAGAGGAGACCUUCGCCGUUGUCCCGGCCGCACCCAGCACGCCACCUGGUGGGGACAGUGGCGACAAUGAGCUGGUGGUCUUGGAUCCUGAUCAUCCGCUGAUGCAGAGGUUCCAGGCGGCACUGCGGCAGCACCUGCAGAAGCAGCAUGAUAAGCUAACGAUGGAGCUACGAGAGACAUCCGAAUCUUUGAGAAAUCGAAUGAAGGAUAGGGAAGAUAUGGGUGUGACUCUCUACAAUGUUCAGCAGGAACUGGCCAGACAGCAGAUGUUGUUGGAAAAGGAAAUGGAUGAAUUUAGCAGAUUGAAUGAUGAUAGAGGGCAUCUCGAAGCCGAAGUUAAGCAGGUGAUGGACUCCCAGAAGCAAUUGAAGACCACUGUUUCGCAAAAGCAAGUUAAAGGUGCCGAAAUGCAGUCAGAGCUGGACAUGCUUACAUCAAAGCUGGCUCAUCUAUCCCAAGCUAAUACUGAUCUUAGGUCAGACAUAGCUGUGAUGAAGCGAGUGGCCAGAAAGGCAGACAGCGAGAUCAGCCAGUCUGAGACGGACAAGCUACGGCAGGAUCUACUCGUCAACAAGCUGACACAGUCUGUCGAGCGGCUGAGAGAGGCCAUUGCUAUGUAUGAUGUGCAGCGCAAGGCGCAGGCUGGGGAAAGCAACGCUACGAAACAGGCCCUCAGCGAAGCGCAGAUGGAGAUAGAAACGAUCAACGUGGAAAAGAAGCAGUUAUUUCUACAGUGGAACAGUAGUGUGCUGGGUAUGCGCAGGAGAGACGAAGCACACGCCGCCAUGCAGGAGGCACUAAGUCAGCAGCACCAGUACGUAAGAAAUUUGGAGACUGAAAUGCAAGGAUUCAAGAAGACAGUGAGCCAAGAGCAGGAACAGAAUGAGAAACUGACGUAUUUGCAAAACAAAAGUGAAUCCGAAUUGGCGCAACUUAAGAAGACCGUCUCGCAGACGCAGACGAAACACGAAGUGCUCCAGCAAGAGUACACAACAUACGCGCGCAUCAUGCAGGAGACGGACCAGGCGGCCGCGCGCGCCGAGGCCGACAAGAACACCCAGCAGAUGGAGCUGUCGUCGCUGCAGACGCAGACCGAGCGCGAGCACGCUGAGCGGUCGCGGCUCGAGGCGGCCAUCGUCACGGCGAUGCGCGCCAAGCUGACGGCGAAGAACGCCGCGCUGUACAACGAGCGGACGACGGAGCGCGUCGCGACGCAGCUCAGGGAGACGGAGGCGGCGCUCGCGCGUGUCGACAACGACGCGUCGGCGGCGGCGCUGCGCGUCACCUACGCUCACAACGUCGCCGCGCAGCAGCGGCGUACGGGCGGCAUGCUCGACGUGCGGGUAGCGGACGCGCGUGGCGUGCUUGCGCGGCGUGAGCGAGAGAUCCGGAAGCGCGGCGCGGUGAUCGAGCGCAAGCAGACGAUCAUCGAGCAGCUGCAGCGACGCGCCGCGACGAUGCUCGCCGCGACCGGCGGCCUCGAGAUCGGCCCGCUCGAGAUGCAGGCGGCGUCGCUGCGGCGAUCGAUCGACGACGUCGACCGGCAGGGGGCGCUGCUGCAGAAGCUGUGGCUGCGCGAGCAGACGGAGCUCGUGCGGCUGACGCGCGACGGCGCGCGGGAAGGCGCCGACGUCAACGAGCUUCGCAAGCGACUGACGAUCCUCUUCCAGAAGCGGCUGCGCGCCGAAGCCGACAUCAAGCGGCAGGGCGACGAGAUGCGCGAGAUCGAGCGCGGCACGCGCAGCCUCCAGAACGACAUGAUCAAGCUGAACACGCUCGUGCACCGCGAGAGCGGCCUGCACAGCGCCCUCGAACAGGACAACGCGCUCGCCGAGAUGGACUUUGUGCAGGCGCUCAAGGCUGCUGAGCUUGAGGCAGUGCAGCUGAAGAACCAACUGGAGGCAACGAGUGAGGAGAAGGAGCGUUUGCUCGCGAGUUUGAUCGAGGCCGAGCGACAGAUCAUGCUGUGGGAGAAGAAGGCACAGCUGGCGCGGGAAGCCCGCGACGCUGUCGACUCGGAGGCAGGCCGUGGCGAGGCGCGUGCGAUGCGCACCGAGAUCCACCGCAUGCGCGUGCGGCUCGGUGAGCUGGCGCGCGCGCAGGAGCGGCUCGUGCAGGACACCGAGCGCAGCGUGUCGAAGCGCGACGCCAUCGCGGCGCGCGGCGAGGCGCAGACGCGCGCCGGUAACGUCGUCACGCACGCGACGCUGCACAAGCAGCAGGUGGAGACGCGUCGCAGCGUCACGCGCGUGCGCCGCGAGGCCGAGAUGUGUGAGCAGGAGCUACACGAGCUGCAGCAGCUGCAGGAGGAGAUCGGAGCGCAGCUUGAUGAGCGGCAGGCGGCGGUGCGGCACGCGCGCGAGCAGCUCACGGAGGCGGACACCCGCAUGCAGGCGCUCGCAGACGCCAAGCACGUUAACCUCGUGCGCAUCGUCAGCCGGCAGCAGCGGGGCAAGCGAUACGAGGCGGCGAGCGAGGGCAAGUACAAGCUGCUCUGCAAGGACACGGUCGCCGUGGCGACGGAGCGGCAAAGGCAGACGGAGCGGAUGCAGCAGCUUGAGCAGAUCGUGAGGAGCCUGGAAGCUGAGCAUCCGCAGAUUAGGCUUCGAACGACCAGGAUGAGGAUGGGUAUCACGCCUACCUGAUGUCUGUCACCAACGUACUGCCGUACGCUAGACGUGUUCUCUGACGUUGCAUGUGUAUGUCGCACAAACUCGUGAGUGAUGGUGGAGUGAGACACAUUGCAAAGCCUCAGCAUGAAGAUUAGGCAACAGGUUCCAGCGCCAUCUUGUGGCAUUCAGCGACCUCUCAAAGUGCAGUUGGAGUUAAAAUUUAUAUCCGUACAGCCUUUAGUGUCCUAUAGUGGAUUCAACAAGAUGAAGUUAUAUGCCUCCCAGUCUAUGUGAUGUUAAAAAUCAAUGCCACCUGGGUCGCCAGAUGACCAAAUUUGAACACUGCAUAAUUAGCAGAAUCUGAAUUUGCUGUCACCUUUAUAUGUGGAAACGUUUACAGUUUUUAGAACAUAUUUAUUUACCUGUUAAUAGCCUGCUAGGAGUAAAGUUGGCACUCUUUCAGGUUAUUUUUUAAUACGUUAAGAUUAGCUAGUUUUUCCUCAGCACGUUUGUGUGCUCUCGCUCUUAGCCAUUGUUAUAGUGUUUGUUAGACAAGCUGUGACAUGAAGAAGUGGUUUCCUAUUUUACCUUUAUUUGUGUUGCAUAUAACACUUUGCGCAUUAAUUUGUAUCAUUUAUAGUGGACGUACAUUAGCAUUCUAUCCUAUGUGCAGUGUGGAGUGAUUGCAGUGGCGUUUAAAAUACACCGAAUGAUUUCAA